AUGUCGUCAACUGAACUCCCAGAGAAAACCCACCGCGAAAUUACGCGCUUCAUCACCACACACGAUGCCAAUGUGAAAGCCACGUUCGAGACUGGUCUCGAAGAAAAAGUGCACUGGGAACGCACUAACAUCGGUUGUGACCUCUUCCUCGCCUACACAACGCGCAAAUUCCCAGCGCCUCUCUCCCACGAUGAAGAUCUCUCGGGUUACAGGGACCACCUAAUCAAUCGGCCACCGUUCAUGAUCCCAGGGGUGUAGUCCUACAAUAUGUCGACUAUCACCCCGGUGGAGAGCCAGCAUGGCAUCGAACGGUCACGCUGGAUUUCGGCGUCGCUAAUGAAGGCGAGUUGGAGUUGGAGCUGGAGAGUGGGGAGAAGAGGUUGAUUAAAGCGGGCGAUGUGGCGGUGCAGAAAGGAACGAACCACUCGUGGAGAAAUCCGAGUAAGACCGUGUUUGCGAGGGCCUUGUAUUUUGCUAUGAAUGCGAGUCCUGUUAUCGUUAAUGGUGAGCCCUUGGAAGAGUCUUUGGGUGUGGUUGAGUGA